GCCCCUAUUUCUGUUCUACGACACUUGAAUGGGUUAUGCCCCAAACUUCUGCUUCUCAACUACAAUGGAAUAUGUCUUUAAUGUCUAAGAUUAUUCAUUUUUAUGAUUAUAUGUUCAGUGUUCUUUUACAGAAAAUGAAAUUUCCUUUUUUCAUAAUGGCAUGUGAGUUUACAUGUGACACACAUAUAGAAUCUGAGGAGUGUUUUGUUUUUCCUUGGUGAGAGAUAUUGUAAUAUUACCAGCUGGUGUCUAGACUUCAGACAAUGAUCUUUGAGGAGCUGGUGUCUAUAGUGAUGUUUCCAGUCUCAAUCUAGGAUUCAAUCAGGUAGAUGCAAAAGCAGAGGAUAUCAUAACUUCUAAACUCUCUGUUCCCAGUCAAAGGCAUUCAAUUUCUGCUUGAGAACAGGGUUUGGAAAAAUAAGCCAAAUUCAGAUUUGCUGUUGUGAAAAUCUCCCCCGAGUAUGCUGGUGCUACCAGCAGAUCUGACAUCAGCCAGAAGUCAUACAUAUUCAUCAGCACGGAGCCAGGCACAUCUCGGUGCAGCAGUGAGACACCCUACUUUCCAGCCAUGCUGACCGCUGCCCUAGGACUGCUCAUGUUGGUAGCUGCGGUUGAAUCUUUCAUUGGUCUGGUCGGGAAUGGAGUCCUCGUGGUCUGGAGCUUUCAAGAAUGUAUUAAAAAAUUCAAGAAAUCUUCAUACCCCCUCAUUGUCCUGGGCCUGGCUGGCUGCCGAUUUCUUCUGCAAGGAUUGCUUAUGUUGAAUUUAAUCCUACUUCUGCUUUUCAGGAGCAACCACGAGCUUCAGUAUUUUAAUGUCUUAUGGGUCCUGGUAAGCCAGGCUAGUCUGUGGUUUGCCACUUUCCUCAGUGUCUUCUAUUGCAAGAGGAUCACGAUGCUUGAAUUCCCUGUCUGCCUGUGGCUGAAGCAGAGGGCCAACGGCCUGAGUCUCUGGUGCCUCCUAGGGCAUUUUUUCAUCAGUAUGUUGCUUCUUGUCAACAUUGGCUUCAACUCCUGUAGGCUUUCCCAAGGAAACGACAGUUUUCCGUACUGUCUUUCAGACUGGCGUUAUAGGUAUAUCCAUCAACUCACUGCAGGCAGUUGGUUUCCUUUCAUGGUAUUUUUCGUUGCCUCUGGGAUGCUGAUUGUCUCCUUAUACAGACACCACAAGAAGAUGAAUGUGCACACAGCUGGCAGGAAGGAUGCCCGUGCCAAGGCGCACAUCACUGCCCUCAAGUCCCUGGGUUGUUUCCUUGUGCUUCAUCUGGUUUAUAUCCUGGCCAGCCCGCACCCCGUCACCAUCAGAUCUUCCGUUGAUCUCACUGAUGCCUUCAUUGCCGAGACACUCAUGGCUGCCUACCCUUCUCUUCAUUCUGUCAUACUGGUCAUGGGGAUUCCUAGGGGAAAGCAGAUUUGCCAGAGAAUCCUGUGCAAGAUCUUGUGUGCUUGGAGAGCCUGGGGCUAG